CUGGGGGAAAGGUCAUGUUUGCAAAUUGGGGCGGAAAUAAGCUGCUUGCGAACAUAACAACUACAUAUACUGAACUCGGUUUGUCUGCUGGAGUGGCUCGUUUGGGAGUGAUUCACAGGUGCACACCAUUACAGACAAAAGGUACUUUUAUUUGCAUUGGUCAUUAUCCAGGUAGAAGAUGGACAAUCAAGUAUUUGAAUCAACAGCGGAGCGCACGUUUCAGUAUCAGAACUCCCUGCCUCCAUUGCCAGUGCCUUCGCUCGAGGAAUCUUUGAAGAAAUAUUUGGAUGCAGUGAAGCCAUUCUCAUCUAAGGAGGAUUUUAAGAAAACUUCAGAGCUAGUUAAGAGUUUUGGUGAAGGCAUUGGUAAAGAGUUACAUCAGAAAUUACUGAAGAGAGCCAGGGUGAAAAGAAAUUGGCUGGAAGAGUGGUGGCUAAACAGUGCUUACCUUGAUGUCCGCAUUCCAUCACAGCUCAAUGUCAACUUCGGUGGUCCUGCUCCCUACCUGGAGCACUACUGGCCACCCAAAGCAGGCACCCAGCUGGAGAGAACAAGCAUUGCUGUGUGGUACACGCUGCUAUACUGGGACCUCAUAAAGACUGAAAGGCUGGCUGUACAUAAGGCAGGGAGCUCACCUUUUGACAUGGACCAGUUCCGGAACCUGUACUGUACCUGUAAAGUGCCAGGAGUCACGAGAGAUGCUAUUAUCAACUACUUCAAGACUGAGAGUGAAGGACGGUGCCCUUCCCAUUUAGUGGUGAUGUGUCGGGGCCGAAUCUUUGCUUUUGAUGCUGUGCAUGAGGAUUGCAUUCUUAGCCCUCCAGAACUUCUCAGGCAGUUUACAAUAAUCAGACACAGGUGUGACAGUGAACCGAAUGGAGCUGGACUUGCUGCUCUGACCACUGAAGAGCGAACCCGCUGGGCUCAAGCACGGCAGUAUCUCAUUGAACUGGACCCAAAGAAUCUGACUUUACUUGAAACAAUUCAGAGCAGUUUGUUCGUGGUGUCUCUUGAUGAUGUCACCCCAUAUUCAACACCUGAUGAUUAUACCCAGAUGACUUCAGUAGCGCUGACUGGCGAUCCAACUAUACGCUGGGGAGACAAAUCCUACAACUUUCUCUGCUAUGCUGAUGGGUCUUUUGGUUCAAACUGUGAUCAUGCACCAUAUGAUGCCAUGGUAAUGGUAUCAAUGUGCUAUUACAUUGAUCAGAAAUUAAAAGCAAAUGAAGGCAAGUGGAAGGGUUCAGAGGUGGUGAGGGACAUCGCCCAGCCAGAAGAGCUUGUAUUUACUGUGGAUGAGAAGGUGCUUCAGGAUAUUGAGCUAGCUAAGCAGCAGUAUUACGAUAAGGCUCAGGACUUGCAGGUAGCAUCCUAUGCAUUCACUUCCUUUGGCAAAACUGCAAUUAAGAAAAGGAAGGUUCAUCCAGACACAUUUGUCCAGCUGGCCCUUCAGUUGUCCUACUAUCGGCUUCAUGGAAAGCCAGGGAGCUGUUAUGAGACGGCAACCACCAGGCGAUUCUAUCAUGGGCGCACAGAAACUAUGAGGCCCUGUACCGAGGAGUCAGUGGAGUGGUGCAAGGCCAUGCUAGACCCAACACUGAAUACCGAGAAGAGACGACAGAGAUUGCUCAGUGCUGUUGCAAAGCACAACACAUUGAUGAAUGAGGCACAGAAUGGGAAAGGUUUCGAUAGACACCUUCUUGGGUUGUAUCUUAUUGCACAAGAAGAGGGUCUUCCAAUCCAUGACCUCUACAAUGACCCUGCUUACACUAAAAGUGGUGGAGGGGGUAAUUUUGUUCUUUCAACCAGCCUAGUGGGCUACACUACAGUCCUUGGAGGUGUAGUUCCAAUGGUACAUCAUGGUUAUGGGUUCUUCUACCGCAUCAGGGAUGAUAGGAUUGUGGCAGCUUGCACUGCCUGGAAGUCCUGCCCAGAAACUGAUGCAGACAAAUUAUUUCAGAACCUCAGAAAGUCAUUCCAUGAUAUGCUGCAGCUACUCACUCUGUCUCCGCUGUAGGCAGAGUAGUCUGAUUUUUUUUUUUUUUUUUUUUUUUUUUUUCUUCAGCAUGUGGUUUUAAGGGUGUCGAUUGAGGCACUCAGUAAAGCAUCCAACCUUCCAGGGUUAAUGAGAAUGAAAAAUGUGGUGCAGUAUAAUACAUCACUUUGCAGUAGCAAUGCAUUUUUUUUAUUAACUGUGCACAAAACAAUGCAAAUGAUCCACCUGCAGUAACUACUAUAUGCAGUAAAUUCACAAAUAGAUUUGCUAGGAAAACAAAGUAUGUAACUACCUGUUUCUAAUUAACACGACUAACUUGUAUUUCCUGUACCAGUGUUGAGUUUUUUAUAGAUUCAUUUGACUGUUUGAUUACUACUAGAAUACCUCAGAGCCUGUGCAUAUACCUAAAUCUCACUGAUGCUAGUAAUAAGUAUAGAGGAAAUGAAACUAUUAACUAUGCUAAAGGGCCUGCUUGGGUUUGUGACUUUUGGAAGUUUUGUUGUUAGCUCUGGAUUGUACUGUACAUGAAUGCCCUUAAAGGCUUGUGCACGGGAUGAGUCAAUUUCAUCAAGCAUCUACUCCAGAGCUGCAUAUGCAGUUUGAUUUUAGAAAAACUAACUUGUGAUUUUGCAAAAUUUUAAAUAAAUAAUUCAGUGUGUUAAUUCAAGGUCACUCGUAUGCAAUUUUGGGUGUUUUUUCAUUUUUCUUUUUGCAUACAGUACGCAGCACUGAAGUAAAUGCUUCUUGUAUCUAGACCAAUGUUUUAAAAAUUAGAUGCAGCUAGCUUUUGGUUUUACCAGCUUAAAAAAUGGAAAUGCCACGGUUUUUAAGUUUUUAUUAGUUUAUCCAAUAUACAUGAAUCUAACCACAGCCUAAAUUGUCAAAUAGUGGAAUUACUAUUACUAAAAAGAAACACUAGACACAAGGGUACAAUUGGUAAAAAGUACAAAAAUCAUUUUGUAAGCUGCUGUCCACAGUGAGAAGAGGCAGCCUGUGUCAAAAAAAAAAAAAUCAUACAAAAUGUUUGGAUUUGUUUUUAUGUCAAAGUGCCCAAAGAAGUCCUAAUAUGUGUGUUCUCAUAUUGAACAAAGUAAAAGCAUGCACUACUAGAAUAUUUAAAGAAAUAGUGAAUGACUCAUAUGUAUGAUGAAAUAAACUAGGCUGUAUUUGAGCAGGCAUUGUGGAGCAAUGGUUCACAAAAGACACAGCAGUUUCAAGGGGCUGCAGCAGAAGCAGAAAUAUCCUCUUCUAAAUGACCCUGAUGCGAAACUAAUAAAUGUUCCCCAGACCAAGUCUUCAAUUAUGUACAUGAAAACUUACGUUAGGCGCUUGUGGUUAUUUUGAACGCAACACUUACUACCAACUCUGUUGUACAUUUAUAAUCUUCCUAUCUAAUACCUGUACAAGUGGGAAUUAUUACUAUACAGAAAAUGUUUAGGUUCACUGGGAGGGAUAUUUAGUUAAUAUAUUAUAGCUAAUGUCACGGGGGAACCAUUGUGCUGAGAGAAAGUAACGUGAAUAGUGUUGCUUUUUAAAAGAUACUUAAAGAAAGUGAAACAGAGGAAAGAAAAGUGCAGCCCAUGGACUUGCUUCAUUACCCAUCUCAGAAUGCAACCUAAGAAUGACUGUUGAGCAAAUACUGUGAUUUAUAUAACAAUAAAUAUAAAAGCUGCUUCCUGAAAUAUAAAGCUUAGAAUGAUACAAUGUAUAAGAUUUACAUUGUAUGUAUCUAAAUAAAUGUGAUUGACAAAAGUG